AUGGCAGCAGCCAUCGCCAGCGGUUUGAUCCGCCAGAAGCGACAGGCGAGAGAGCAACACGCCCACCGACCGACCCCUCACCGGCGGCGGAAGAGCCCCGGUAAGAAGCAGGGGCUGUGCAACGGGAACCUGGUCGACAUCUUCUCCAAAGUCCGGAUAUUUGGCCUGAAGAAGAGGAGGCUACGGAGACAAGAACCGCAGCUGAAGGGCAUAGUGACCAGGUUGUUCUGCAGGCAGGGCUUCUAUCUACAGAUGGGCCAGGAUGGAAGUAUGGAUGGGACCAAAGACGACAGCACCAACUCCUCUCUGUUUAACUUAAUUCCUGUGGGUCUGAGAGUCGUGGCCAUCCAAUCAGUGAAGACCGGCCUCUACAUCGCCAUGAACGGAGAGGGUCACCUCUACUCAUCGGAACUGUUUACAGCGGAGUGUAAGUUUAAGGAGUCGGUGUUCGAGAACUACUACGUGAUCUACAGCUCGAUGCUCUACAGACAGAAGGAGUCGGGCCGGGCCUGGUUCCUAGGCCUCAACAAAGAGGGGCAGGCCAUGAAGGGCAACAGGGUGAAGAAGACCAAACCAGCUGCACACUUUCUGCCUAAACCUAUAGAGGAACCGGUAAUUCCCUUACAUUUUUGUGUUGCGAUGUACAGAGAGCCUUCGUUGCAUGACGUAGGGGAGACGGUGCCUAAAGUCGCCGGGGGCCCGUCUUCCAAAAGCACAACCAGCGAACCUGUGGUCAUGAACGGCGGCAAACCAGUCAACAAACCCGACAAGGAGGAGACAUAACCCCGCCCUCCCCCUUUUAACCCUCCCCCUGGCCAACCGGAGGCCAGGACAAGCCAGACUCGCCCCACUGCUGCGCUCUCACUGAAAACCGCAUCAAAAGGUAACCAAACAAACAAACAACGUCUGACUGGUCAGCAGUGGGGCCGCUCGUCGCGUCAUGUCUCCAUGGUGGACGGAUCCGGUGUCGAGGGGCAACUGGCUUUGACUGGUGGCGGGGAAAAAGGGAGGAUGAAGACCGUAAAAGCAGGCGACUGCCCGCCAGAUAUUUGGGACCUGGUUCAGUGGCAUGCCCUCAUACGUGAGACAAAAUGACUUCUCAAAGAUAUAAACAAAAAACGGGAAAAAAAAUGUCUUCUUCGCUGGUAUUUUUCUGUGACAAUCUGUAAGAAUGAGGCCCCCUCCUUUCCUUUCCUGAUACUGUUUUCUGUUGCCAGGUAUGCUUGCUUGCUGGUGGCCACACUCACACACAUUUGCACACCAAUCCCACCCGAAAUCGACCGCUUGGAUUCGAUCGUUCCGUAAAUAAAGAACAGAUUAAAAAACAUCGGGCAAAAAGAACACUUUAAAUACCAAACGGUGAUUCAGACGAUGCUUAGUCAUCGAUCAAUUGAGACAGGACAUUCUGUACCGAGUCCAUAAGGAAAUGUUCUUUAAAACAAGGCAACACAUACGCUGCCCUGUCCCUGGUUUAAUCACAUGCUGUAUAUCUGUUUAAAAGAGUUCUUAUUUGACACUACAUAGCUUAAAGCAUGUUUGUCCUUUCAGUAUUCCUUUACUAUCUAUCUGUUAAGUGGUUUAUUAUUCUGCACAAAGAGUGAAUAUUGAGCUGUUCGGACACAAAACAGAUACUUUUUGUCUCACUCUCCAUCUAACAAGUUGUUUUUCUGUCCCUUUUUUACCAAUGUUAUGAUUUCCACAUCCCUCUGUAGCUCAGGAGAGGAGAAUCUGCUUAUUAGUGUGUAGCUGAGUGAUGAAACCUGAAUUCUUUCCCUGUUUGUAGCAACACAAAGUACAGGAGGCAUGCUGGUGUCCACGCAGCAUGGUAGCAGUCACUGUUUACAUGGAGUAGCAGAAACUUUGAGAAGUAGUACUUUUUCUUUCUGUUGCCUCCCCGAGUACUUGAAGUUAGGAGAUAAAUAUAGGAAUGAGGGUUAUAACGAACAGGGUACGAUAUGUCGAAGCCACUAUGUGUAGAAUUUACCGCCCAAUGGUUUCAAAACAGGCCCUGUGGUAAUGCAAUGCACGCCUUUACCCCUCCCCGCAGCAGAAGAUCAGAGGAAUGAAUGACUAUAGCUGUCAGACAAAUAUAUAUUUAAAACAAAUAUCAAUACUUUUCUCUGAUAUAGUAGAGUAGAAGUAGGUUAACGCGAAAGUAAACACCUCAAAAAGUACCGUUAAAAAUACAAUAUGUGGUUAUAUUCCAGCCCUGGUCCUGUGUCCAUAUGUAAAGUAACCCAUACAUUUAAGUAGGGUUACUUGGAAAUAAGUAUUAGAAUGUUUGUUUCACCCAAAAACAAAUGGCACGUCGAGAUCUACGGGGCUGAAAAUCGAAUGCCUUGAAUAGAAGUAGAAACCAAAUAGCCCCCCAUGCUUAGCCCUCUCACUGUGACAGUCAACACGGCACCAAUCUGUUCCGGACUGCUCGCUAAACUUUCUGUUUACUCGUCAAAAAUUUGACGCCAAUUAACUCCUCUGAAAGUUGCACCGGUAGUCCGUCAUAUCGCUGAGGGGACAUUAAUGCUGUGAUCCCACACUUCACAUUCGUGUCGGAGACAAUGAGGCUGCAGCAAAUGAAUAUAUUCAGCAAGAAACAGAAAACGUGCAAUCUCUCUCUUGCUUUGAAUCUCAAUUUUAAGGCCAAGUCGCCGCUUUGCAUUUCAAUCAGAUCCUUGAAACACUUGUCGUAUUUGAGAUAAAUGACCUCCCAAAACUACAAAGAAAAAGCACAAAGCUUCCCGCCUUAGAACAGAAACAAAGACAAAUCCUUACAGCUGUUCCAAGAUGAAGCGUCAGGUGUGUAGCAGGUGAAACACGACCCUCUCCAACGUGUUUAACGUCGUCCCGCUGUGUCGUACUGCACGGAGCAUGCACUCUGUGGAACAAUACAAGACAUCUCGCAGUGUCUCUAAUUGGCAUUUCUCAGAAAUGUUCCUCACACAUUUUUCUCUCCUCUGAGCUCGUUAGCUGCUGCUCGCCUUUGUGCUCAAACACGUGUGGCUGACCAAUUUAAACUCUGUGAACUCUGCUUUGUUGUGCCCUUCCUUAACUACUAUUUUGGAAGGAAAAUAUUUGCGAAUAAGAGAAAUAUAUGUGUGAAAAAAGAGAGGUCAGCAUUUUAUGAGAAUGCACGAAAUGUAUCGCUGCUGUUGGAUCAUCAGAGUAUUAUUUAUUGCUGGACAGUAUUGUAGAUUCAAUGUGAGUGCCUCUCAUCCCCACUUUAGCUCAAGAUGUGAGAUCCAGAGCGGCUGAAUGCUAAACAUAUAUCGAGCAGGGAUUAGCAAUCAUUUCCAAAUUCGAAGAGUCACUUGACUUCUGCUUAAUGUUCCUUAAAGUGCAACGUGGGGCCGUGGUAAUGAGUAAGACGUUUCUUUUUUGACCGGUGUUGUGCUUGUCUCGCGUCAAAGAAAUGUGGAUGUUAUUAAUAUUGCUGUGUCACACUUGGGGUUAAUAGCAAAACAGUAUAAAAAAAAGAAGAUAAACCCUGACAAUCAGGUCUGUAAACGUCCUUUUUAUUCUUUAACGUGUCCUGUGUUGUCGCAGCUGCCUGUGUCUCAAAAGCCACUUUAAUUACAGUCUAUAGAGUACAAUGUUUUUGCCUGGCCAGACAUUUAGGAGAUACAAUCGAGACUCUGCUAUUCACCGAAUAUUACUAAGCAGCUAAUUUGUCCACACUGCUGGCAGGGGAAAGAUGGUCCUGCAUUCAGAGAGGCCAAGCUUGUUAGGUUAGAAGAGUGGCUCACAUCCUGUGAAAGCAGCCAUUGAAGAUCUGUGGCACAUGCUCAAGAAUUAAUGAUGGUUCAGGAUGGAGAAAAAGGGGGCCUGGUUCCCUGGCUACUGACCAAAGACACCGCUACAGUCGUGUUUCCAGGCUGGUAAUCACAGUUCCUGGUUCAAACAACGAAGGCCCAAUUACUGUCAGCGUCUCCUCCAAGAUCUCUCUCCACUGGUGGUUAGCCAGGUACCAAGGCUACAAUUAGAUAUCUAACGGCGGGCUGUGCACAGGAAGAGGGCUGAUUUAAUUAGAAGUGAGCAAUCACGACAACCCGGGUCACUUUUAAUUUCCACAUGCAAGUACCACUCGUGUUCCCGUGGCAGGUACACAUGUAGCCGUCUCACUUGUCCUGUAGCUCUGAAAUCAGAUGGCACGAAAUGGACAUAAUAGGACAGAGAAAUGCUUUUGUGACCUGACCACUGCAGUACAGGUGCACUUUAGAGCCACACACUGAUCAGCACUGGACCCAGGAUGUAGCUGGCCUCCCUCAGGUUUCCUUUCUUUUUCCCAUUCCUCUUUAUUCCUCUGACAAAAGACUGCCUUAUUACAUCUGAAUCUGAAACGAGACAGUUACCGCGCUCUCCUCCCAGCUGUUUCUUUCUCCGAGCAUGCACACACACACGCACACACACACACACACACACACACACACACACACACACACACACACACACACACACACACACACACACACACACACGCUAUUCAUCCUUUUUUACGUUUCAAUUAUCCUUUGAUCCCCAAUCUUCUGUUCACUGCAACUAUGCUAGCUUUCACUCAGCUCGUUUUGUAAUCAUGCAGCCGGAGAACUUAUUCCCCCUCCUCUUUUCUCCUCCUGUUCGGACUGUUUCCCACUUGUUGCAUGGUUUUUAAAAGAGGAAAGAUGACUGGGGCUAAUGCAUGUGGUAAUGUAGGAAAUGUGUUAUCAAAACAAAACAAACAUUUACAGCAGAGCACCAGUAACACUUUGCAUCUGGCUCAUUCCUCACGUUGGUUUGCAUCGGUAGACAUCAGAAACAACUUGCAGAGGGGCUGAAUCCAUCAUUGCAAUAAAGGAGCAAAGGAAGAAUGAAUCAAAGUUACUUCAUAUCUCUAAUACGGCUACACUAAUGCAUGUCUUUAAGCAGAGCAUCAAUAUUUAAUCCAUCUGGAUGAGAGGAAAAUGAUAUUAUAAUAUAUAGAUAACAGAAAACCAGAGUAAGUAAUUGUUUGAUAUCCUUUGCUGCUUCUUUUAACAAUGAUGGAUUGAGUUUAUGAAGUUAUUCUGGAGGCUGGCACAUGGAAACAGAUGGUGGUAGCUAGCUCUGAUUAAGGACCUUAAUACGACGUAUAACAUCUUAAAACUAACGCCAUCUUUUAGUGACAUUUAAGGUGGAAUAAAAUGGGAUUUGUCCAGGUUUUAUCCUCAGUAUUUGUUCCUAAAGCAGGGCUACUGCACACAUAAUUACAGGUUCAGUUUUAAAUUGAGGCUGGGAUUAAUUACAGUCCAGAGAACGAAUGAGCUGAAGGUGGAUUUACCGCAACCCGCUGUGUCUCACCGAUGCAAAUCAUGCUAGCUAUGAGCCAAAAGCCAGACGUCCCUGGCACUAACCCUAAAAGGAGAUUACUCUGUCUGUCGGUAAAUGUACAGUUACCUUUACAUACAUAUUAUGCAAACAGUUUGUCUGCACUGUACAGUUUGUGUCCUAUCCAUUGUAUACACACAGAAAACAAUAUUGAA